AUGCGUCUCGCCGGUCCAUUUACUCUAUUCUUCGCGGCCUGCUCUGCAGCUACGCCGCAAAAGCUUAUGACGCUUCCCGACGCUUCAGAAGCCCCAUUCUCACCACCAACUAUACAGUCCGUCUCCUUCUCCGGAAACGGCUGCCCUCAAAAUGGCGGAAAGAAGCAGGUUUCAGGCGGGUGGCAACACUUUGCGUUUACCCUCCCGGACUUCGCGGCUUCUUACGGCGGAAGCAAACCGAAGUCUGUCAAUUGUCAAGCUCACAUGAACCUGGGCGGAGGUGAACCCGGCUGGCAAGUUGCGCUGAAAGACGUGUGGACUAGGGGUCACAUAGAGUUGGAACCAGAGGUGAAAUUAACGCAAUACAUCACUACGUACUAUAGCCAAGACGCGGCGAAUACGAUCUCUACAGCACAAACCGUGACGAGCCCUUCGAACUCGAGUCUCACUCGGGAUAUUACAAUCCACGCGAGCAUUCCAAAAGAAAGCGCUGUUUGGUCUCCGUGUACAAGAUCGGACGGAUAUGUUGGUAUUUUGAAUGUGAACUUCCGUAUCGCCUUCACUUCGCCGAAUAGCGCGUCGUAUGGGUAUUUUGGCGGAGGAAAGAAUUCAACUGUCAGCGAGAAAUGGGCCUGGAUAUGGAGACGGUGUUAG